AUGUUGUUGCUCAUGAUUCAUCAGGAGCCUGGCGGGGAGAGCGAAUUUAAUUUUGCUUCCUCCGCCCCGACAGCCUCUAGCGUUAGUCUACCAGUCACUCGUUCCGACGGGGAUGGCAGAGAUACGGUUGAGGAUCAGCUGCCCCAAAAACCGCCGACGCCGUCUGUUUCUGCUCACGAUCAACAAAAGGCAAGCCAACCACAAAAUGGUGCUGCGAAUGAACAUGUAGUAGGAAAUACGAAAGCGACCGUGCACAUCAAUGGUGUGGCGGUGGAUCACUUUCAUCAGAACUCCGAUGUAGAUGAGGAUCGACGGUCUCUGUGUCAGAAUAGUGAUGUACAUGGUUUCAUUUCGUACUCAUCCGACAGCAGCAUGAUCGAGUUAAAUCUAAAGUUCCGCAAGUGUGCUUGCAAUGAAAACAUUAUCAACACCUCCAAAGAAAACCUGCAACAGAUGCAACGAACCAGUCCAACAGGAGCGGCAGCACCAACUGAUGGCUAUGACGUUGUCAAUGCUGCCAUUGCUGGUACGGAGAGCAGUAUGGUCGGGAAGGAAGGUAAAAGCAAAAAAAUAUUAGCAUUAAACAAGGACAAUUUGAAUAGAUUAGUGCGCAAACUGAACGACACUACGAAUAGCUCAUCCUCAUCUUGUACAAAGUGUAGAUUAUCAUUAGACGUCAAGAACAUUUUAAACGGAAUAGGUAACGUAAAGGCAAAACACGCCACAGCAGACGCCGUUGGGAGUGACAGUGUCGGUCGGUCCCCUGGUGGAGAUGAUUCUAACUCCCGCCGUGCUGCGCUUCCACUAACCAUCGACGAUUCAAUGCUCGGACUGCGUGCAGACGACUCACUGCUAGGAAGCUCAGCUUCCCCGCUACCCUCGCCACUACCUUCGCCUAAUUCGCCGUUACCGAUCAUCGGUCCGCUUGAGCGACGUCAUAGCGAAACGGUCGAACGGCGAUCAAUUGGCAUACAGCAUGCAUCGAAACAAUAUCGUAAAAAACCGCCAUUAUUGCGAACACAUGGCCGCAGCAUAGCACAAGCAGAGGAAAUUAUAAUCAUUUCCGAUGAAUUCAGACGACAAUCGUUGCGCGAUCAGCAAACCAUACGGGUACAGAAGAGUCCGAAAACAAUUUCCAAAUCGAUGGAAAGCAUAGACAAGCGAAAUUCUAUGUCACUAUCCCUUCGGCCGGUGACAAUCAGAAGCUUUCAACUGCCCAACACUGUGCAUGGGAUAGAUCCAGCCGAUGAGAUGCUAACGAUAGUGGUCAAUGCUGCCGAGACAACGGGCGCCAACGAUACAAAAACAAUCUCAAAAUCAGUUGAUGAUAUGGCACUCGGCGGAGGACAGGGAGUAGAAGACUCCGCUCAACCGAAAGCAUCUGAACCUGCCGGAGAUGACGUCGAGUUAAUCUUCAUUUCGGAUGAGUUUGUCAAACGGAAAUCAAAGUCAAGCUCGGAUGUUAUCAUCGUGGAAAAUGCUGCUGGUCGCAGGAGGGAAAGCAGCAGGCGUAAAAAACCCAUCAAAACCUUGUCGGUUGCUGGCGUCGAAGGCAGCAACGCGGAAAAGAAAAGACUUUCCUCCAACACGGCCCGAGCCUCUAGCACUGAAGGACGGAUUGUGAAAUCCGCAACCAUACCGGUAGCCGCGUCUAAAGUGAAAAACGUCCGUCGCAAAACAACUAUAUCCAACUCGAAUAGUUUCCUUACUUAUGAGGAGCCUUUCUCUCCAGAGACGCUUGAAAGUAAAGACAUUGGUCAACUAUUUGCAGAUGCAUCGGUCGAGUAAUCUUAAAGAAACAUGAAUGAUUGUAAUAGAGUAGAGCCUGCAAAUUUAGUGCAACAAACGAAUCCUCACUAGUUAUACUUCUUGAAGUUAGCAUGCGUAUGUAUGUUUGCAGAUUACUGGUGAAGGAUGUUGUUAAACAUGUCUGUGAAUCUUCCAUUAAUUAUGAUGUAUCCUUUGUUAUCGCACAAAUUUAAAUGGUAGAAAAAAAGCAAUUAUAAUGAUUGUUAUUUAAUUGCGUUUAGCCAGUCGAAUAGACUAUGCUCAUUGCUUACAGAUUAGUAUUACUUACACUUUCCUAUAGUUUAUCUCAAUGCUUCCCGGAAUAGAGCCUUUCCAUUUGGUGUUCGUUUGUUGCAAUGUUGUUUUGAAGCAAGUAUAGAUUAACUCCCUCAGACAACGUUUCUAAAACGCUUUAUUGAUUUUACUGCAGUGCAAUUUGUGGGUUCGUAUAUGUUGAGCGCAUUGUAUCAUUUAUUACUCAGUUCACCCAAUCGUAUUCCAAAGGGACUGAUGAUAUCGACUGAUAAAUGCAUGUAAAAAUACUAAGUAUAAAUCAUCCUGUAUGAAGAGUAGUAAACAAAUCCGAUAAAACAAAACAUUCGAAAAAUAUGUAAAAAAAAGUAACACAGCAAUAGGUGGAAAGUUCUCACAACGCCAUCAUCGUACAAGAGUAGUAUACAAAAAACAAAAAAAAAAAAUACCAAACACAAAACAAUCACACACGCACAUACGCAGCCUAAAACAACGUAUAAAUUAAAAUGACUGUAGAAAUUGGAUCUGUGAGCACUUUAAAUUAGUCUGACGCUCAUAUUGUUUUACAAGACCCCUUUUUUCAGAUUUGAUAUCAAUGUUAAGCACCGAUAAAGCCGUCCUUCCAUUUUUGAGUUCUAUUUGUUGUUUGUUGUGCAGGCAUGUUUGUUACUAUGUCUGACACACGAAUGCAGGUUUAGUUGUGCAACUAUCACUGUCAGAACGUACAAUUCAAGUUAAAGUGGAGAAAUUGAACAUUUGUACAAACAAAUCCUUUGCAAAUCGCUAUUAAUCCUGAUCGCUCAAGCACACGUACACUGCAAGUAGUCAAAAGUUCGAAACAUAACGACAAAAGUAUAAUGAUAACUCAUUUCGAAUUUGUAUUUUUUAAAUUUAAGUGCAUUAUUUAGGUUUACAUAACUUCUGUGUCUCGUGCAAUGAUAUGCAAGUGUUAUUUAUAACACUGAAGCAUUACGUUUAUAAAGCAAACAAUUUCUCGGUAAACUGAAGCGGCGAUACACACGUUAUCUGUAGCAUCUUUUUGAGAUAACCUAUGCGUUUAACAGCUAAAAUGAACCCAUUUUGCAUGGUAGCAGACGUAUUACGAAAUCUUCCAUUCCCCCCGAAAAACUUCCACUUCUAGCCAGUUCUACAUCGAACCAGAACAAGAAUUGGCCAGAAAAGCAACAAUGCGUAAAUUUGAUAAGAAUACAUACGCAAAUGAGGAAACAUUUGCAAUGAAAGUACUCUACACCAUCAAAAACUUCUUAGAUAUGAAUAUAUAAGCAUGUACACUACUGAGAUUAAGUGGUUUAUCUUCAUGCAACGUUUAAGCCAAUGGCGAGCCAGCCACCAAAGACUCCUAAAGACACAAAUAAUAAGAAAAAAGCUCCCAACGUUUCGUUUCUUCUGUAAACUAUUCGGCUCUCGUGUGAUAAGUGAUGUAGAUUUUGGAUCGUUUGUAAGAAAACCUUGAUACGAUUGUAUGUUGUGACUAAAUAGCCGUGUUAGCUUGAAACAAACAAGCUAGUGUUUUUUUUAUUGUGGAGAAUUUUUAAAUUUUUGAUCAGUGUUUUAAAGACUUUAUCUUAUGAGCGAAACGUACCCCAUACAUGUAUUUCAGGUGUUGUAAAAUUCUAAUUAGAGAGAUGAAGGGUUACAGUUGUUGGAGAACAAAUGAAGACAAACAGUACAUAGACUCAUCAUAUUAUCCUUAUAAAAUAUAUACAUUUUCUUGUUCAUGGUGUGUUUCAGUUUUACAAAUAUCCAUUAGCUAAAAAUUAUGAAAAACAGCUCUAGAUGAGUGCGCAACAGAAGCUCAAUACAGUAGGUAAAUAAAGUAAUUCAAUGAGAAAGAAUACGACACAUGUUAACAGAAAACAAAACGAACAUGCUUUCACAUCCACCGACAGGACGUUCAAAUAAUGAAUCCAACUUUUGGACUAGCUCUGGUGGGUCUGCCUGCCAUAUGAAUCAAAGAGAAGUUAAAUCUUGGCGUAAAAUGCGCGUAAUUAAUUCCCAAACAUGAUGUAGUGAAAUUUUGGAAGUGAGGUAUAAAGUAUGUAAAGAAGUUUCACACAAUUUCACACAAGGCACAGCAAUCCGCAUGGUUUAAUCCGACGAAUGUACAGUUUUCAAUCCGAAGCGUGCACUCAAUUGAUUUUCUUGUAGUGAGAAACGAUUGUUUAAUCAUAAGAACACACUGUUAACAACCUAAGACCAACGCAUCCAGCAUUCGUCCAACAUAGAAAGAAUAAUUAUAUUCUCUUGAACAUGGCAAUCUCGUGCACACAAUAUGGAAUCACAGUGAAAUCAAAUUGUUAUAAUCAAUCCAA